GGAGGAGGGGGGGGGGCUCCUCCCUUUGUGCGGGGCCCGGCGCGCCGCCAUGCAUGGACGGGCAUGGGAUGGGGAGCGCCGCGCCCGCACGCAACGCCGGGGCUCAGCCGCUGCUGCUGGGGCUGCUCCUGGCGGCGGUGCUGCCUCAGGGUGACUGCCAGCUGCAGACGCCGUGUCGGAUUCAGAAGUGCACCACUGAUUUCGUGUCCUUAACGUCGCAACUCAACUCGGCCCUCGAUGGCUUUGACCUGGAGUUCUGCAAGGCCCUGCGAGCGUACUCUGCCUGCACCUACCGCAAUUCCAAAGUAUGCCGCGGAAACCUGGUCUACCACUCCGCAGUCCUUGGCAUCAGCGACCUCAUGAGCCAGAGAAACUGUUCCAAGGACGGCCCCACGUCCUCCACCAACCCCGAAGUAACCCACGAUCCCUGCAAUUACAGUGGCCACACAGGAGCCAGUGAACAUCCCGGAGGGGAGAAGACUACCCCCACGUACCUAUUCUGUGGCUUGUUUGGUGAUCCUCAUCUGAGGACUUUUAAGGAUCACUUCCAGACAUGCAAAGUAGAAGGUGCUUGGCCUCUCAUAGACAAUAACUACUUAUCAGUGCAAGUGACGAAUGUGCCUGUGGUCCCAGGAUCCAGUGCUACUGCUACAAAUAAGAUAACUAUUAUCUUUAAAUCAUACCAGGACUGUACGGAUCAGAAGGUAUACCAAGCAGUGACUGAUGACUUGCCUGCAGCUUUUGUCGAUGGUACAACAGGUGGAGGCGAUGGGAACACCAAGAGCUUGCAAAUCGUGGAUAAAGUCAGUGGCAAAUACAUCGAAAUGCAUGCCAGGCAUAUUGGGACCAUGGUGUACAUACGUCAGCUUGGGCGCUACUUAACGCUGGCCAUUCGCAUGCCUCAAGAGCUGGCCAUGGCCUACGAGGAGAGUCAGGAUCUGCAGCUGUGUGUGAAUGGUUGUCCUUCGAGUGAACGUAUAGAUGAUAGUGGCCACUUGCCUUUACCCGUGAGGGGCCAGUUGCUCCCUCAGGUAGGCACUGCUCAUCCCCGGUCCGUGUACACACUGGAAUCUGCGACCACCAAAUGCAACGAGAAGAUGCUGGUGAAGGACAUCUAUUUUUACUCAUGUGUGUUUGACCUGCUUACCACUGGUGAUGCUAACUUCACGGCUGCUGCUCACAGUGCCUUGCAGGAUGUGGAGGCAUUGCACCCCAGAAAGGAGCGCUGGCAUAUCUUUCCCAGCAGCAGAGGUGGUGCUGUGGGCAAGGGUAGCCAAUUCUUUGUCAGUCUUGGACUUGUGUGCUUGAUCCUUGUUGUGUUUUUGUAGGUGUUGUUGUUGUUUUCUUUGUCUAUAACAAAGUUUUGAAAUAUAUAUUGUCAUAAUAUAUUGAGUAAAGAUGAGUAUAUAUGUAUAUACAAUGUAUAUGAAGGGAUGUUUUGUCUUGGGACGCCCACCAGAUUGUACAUACUGUGUUGACUGUUCUCAUGUACGUUGGAUGUAGUAUUCUUUGUAUCUAUUUGUUUUGCAGUUGGUGAAAUGUUUUAUAAUGUCCCUGCAUUGGGACCUGAUAGAAAGCACUUUAUUUUUUAUAUAUUAAAUAUUUAUGUGUGUAUCUGAGUAACUAUAUUAUACAUAUACACAUGUACAUACAGUACUCAGUGCUCUGCCUAGCUACUGCUUGGUUUAACAGAUUUUUUUACUGUAUUAAUUCAUGGGGAUAUUUUCUACACUUUCUCUUACUGUAGAGACAGCACCUCUCUUGUCCUGUAACGAUGUAUGUAUUUUACUGGGUUCCCUAGUUAAAAUAAUUUAAAAAGGAAUCAUAUUCUGUCCUAAUGGUCCUCCCUUCUUUGGAGGGAGAGAGUGAAGUGCUUCCCAUUAGCUCAGAAGGCUAUCUCGGAUAACAUGAUUUACAGAACCUGCUAUGUAAUUCUGACAUUUCAUACUUCCAUGGCAUGAGUUUGAAAAUAAGCUAAGUGAAUGUGUUUGAGUGAAACUUAUGUGGCUUUGUAGAGCCAUUGGAGAGAUGAUUUUGAAAGACACUAAUGGUGUACUUUUGUAAGUGUGUAACAUUUCCUCUUCAAAGUAGCUGCUGCAGAUGGUUCUGCCCUGGAAGGUUAAGUCAUUCUGCACUUACGUGUUAAUUAUAUCAGUAUAUUAAAAAGGGGGGAGGGAAAUGAGGCACCUGACUGCUGUUACUGAGGAACUAGGAGAAGAACGAGUUGGUGGCUUAAAGGCUGGUUUUACAUAGUGCCUUAAUCUGCUGCAAGAAACUGCAGUGUUUGUGCAUGCUACAGUAACUCCAGCUCCAAGACAGGCUUGUUUUCCUCUUGAAACUAUUCAUCUGAGGUUCAUUGGACUGAUGCAUUAGCCCUGUUCUGGAAAAAGACCCAAGUAGCAUUUGCCUUUGCUAAAAAAAAAAAAAAAUUGAGCUCGUGUUUGCUUUGGUGGAGGGAGAUGGACUUCAUUUGUACAGCGAAAGCUCAUGUUUUUUAUGAAGACUGGCAGGGUUUAUGAAGUUCUGGCAGGGUUAGGGAUUAUUGUGUGGUAUGGACAGCAGUAGUCUUCUCAAAUGAACUAAUUAAUUCCUUUUUUGGAUGCGUAACCGCAUGCAGGUGUUACUCUGGGAACACAUGAGAUGAAAAUAGUCAGAACUGAGUUAAGGCAGAAUGUGAAAAUUUGUUCUAGGCUAGAUCCAUUGGCAGCUUGUUUUGUCGGUCUAACUGCGUGAUGGUGCUGUUUGAGCUGAGUUGGACUUGGGGAAUUAUGCUGUGUCUGAUUUUGUGGUUCCCAGAGUUGCACCUGAUGGUGACAGGCUUCUCCCUGUUUUGGGUGGCUGAACUUCCUCAUCACUGCUCUGAAUUUAAAGGUCACAUGGCUGAAAGCUGAUGGACAGCCUAGCGUUGCUGCGGUGAUGCAUGUACUUUCGGGGCAGACACUAUAAACUGAAUAAUGCUCCCUACAUGCUUUGUGUAUACACAUAUACAAACACAUAUAUAGAAUAUAUGUAUAUGAGCAUUGAGCUGUGAGCCUCUCAGGUAAAUAGUAUUUCAGAAAUGUAGUACUUCCCCUAAAGAGUUUUCAGUUUUCUUCCUCCCGCUGUGGGGAUUUCUUGAGAAAAUGUUAUUUGCACAUGUUCAUUCUUGACGUCUGCCAUCGCCAAGAGAACUUUAGUUAAUGCCAAACGUGGAUAUUUUGAAGCUAGUGAAUGUUCUUUGGAGAGAACUUAGGCUUACAGGGAACAUUGUUUUUUUUUGCAUAUGCUCCAAAUGGCUGUCUUUUAGAAGGCUGCAGUUUUUAAUUUUCAUGCCUGGAAACCCCAAAUUGUGUCAGUCCUUAUAGAGUCUUUUAGAUACGGUUCAUAAAUGUACCAGUAAAUAUAUGUUAGUGUGAAAGAGUGACUGUGCAGUGUGUAAAUACUUUAAAUUAUUAUCGUAGAAGAAUAAAGUUGCCUGCCCUGCUGAGGAAUGCCUGUGAUGUGGUGUUAGUGACCCCUGGUGGGGUGCAGGGAAACUGGGGAUAUGGGUUAACCCACUGGGCAGGCAAUCUGUAAGCAAAGCCCUGAUUUCUUUCCUAGCCAUCCUUUGUUGCAUAGGAAUGUGGUGAGUACCAUUGCCAUACUGCCUGGCAGAUGCCUGCUGCCCCUCUGCCAGAUAAGCUGCAUAGUGCAAUCUGUGACCAGCCACUGCAAUCCACGCCAGUUUAUUGAAGACACUUUGUGGGAAGCCAACAGCAGGAACCAUCGCUUCAGGAUCCCACUUGUACACUUCCUUUGCAGUGUUUGCAGAGGUACGUAGGAGAGCUUUUAACACGGUGGUCCUGAUACUGUGUUCAUCUUGAUGGGUCUUACAAAAAUCUGCUUUAAAAGUUACUGGAGAGCUCUCAGAUCAGAAUAACCUUGGAAGAGAAAACUAUCUGCUGUGAAACUGAAGAGGAAACAGGCAUCAAAAGAAUUAAAGGUACAGAAGAGCCCAUAAUACUAGAUAACUGUGUAUAACGAGAUGAUUUAAUACAUGGGAGCUGUAAUAUUUCAGCUGCGAGGCUAAUCACACAGUUUGAUGGAAAAUUGAAAGCACCAAAGCUUACAAAGUUAUAUCAGGCACUAAGAAUAAACACAAUGAAUAUUGUUUUGCUGGGCUUCUGUUACAGUUAGAAUUUGAGGGGUAGGAGGUAGAUCGGUCUUUGAAAUGCUUUGUGGAAACAAUGGCUGUAGGAAGCGAAGUUCAGUGUAGUCAUGUUCAGUGUACAUGAGAGAAGGCCUUCGUAUCUGUAAGAGCUUAUUUUCAAAUGUCAUUUACCACAACUAGCUCUGCAGAAGGCAAUGUAGCUUUAUUAUCAGUAAUUUAAUGCAACAACUAGUAAGCUAUUGUUGAAGUUUUCUUUGUGUUUAAAAGGGUAGCUGGUGAUUUGGAUGUCAGUGGCUUACUUAAAAGAUUAUUUUGAGUCUCUUCUAGAACAUUUUAAACCAGAGUAUUUCCUAAUCCUGUGCUAGCAGAGCUCUUAACAGCAGCUGAGGAUAGUUCUCUGUAGUUGGGACUGAUGACUUCCCUAGGAAGCCCGUCACAGAACUGAGCAGAGUACUGGGUGCUUAAUCCUUCAUUUUGUAUGUACAUAUGGUUUCUGAAGGAAGCCUCGCCUUACAAAAGGGAAUGGCACACUCAACUGACUGUCAAACCAAAAAUUCUCUCGCUUUUCACAUCCUGGAAAACCUGGUUGGAAGAACAGUCUCCACUGAGCACCUACUAAGUGGGACACGACCUCAUGCAAUGUCUGAGAGCAAUCUGCCUUUCAGCUGAGUUAGGCCCUCCGAUAUGCAAGCACAUCAGUACAGUUCCUUUGAAAUUGCUGCUGUUCUGCCAGAAAAUAGGUCCCCAACUGUUUAAGGUCUGUUACCUUAGUGCUAUGGAUACCAUGUGUUUGUUUUAUGGAUUUUGAGGAUGUGGAGUGGCUAUUUGCUUACAUAUACCCUCACUGAAGCAAGCAAUGUUGCAAGCUUUGCCCCACCUCAUGAGUGUUUUAUUAGGGGACAUAUUUAAGAAAACAAACAAAUGGCUUGUGGCUUUCCUCUCUUGUGAGACUCAUAGCACAGUUUGAAAUCUAGCAUUCGUUUUAUUCUUCAUGUAAGUAUAGCUGAAGUUUUACAGUGAAUCUUUCAUGCUUUGAGUUCUUUUAAUUCCCGUAUGUGUCUUGACUGAUACAAGGUGUAUCCCUUUCUGUCUUUCCCUAUUCUGUCUAUUCCCUAUUCUACAGUUAUUAAAGACUGCUACAUAUAAAAA